CAAAACAUUCAUAAAUAGAUUUAGAAUUAUGGUGUAUGGUUUUCUGAAUCUGAAUCUGAAUUCAGGCCACAUUUCCAAAAUAAAUAAAUAAAUAAAUAAUAAUCUUGUGAAGAAGUGUUGAAAUUAGAUUUAAGAUACGUUUUAUGUAAAAUACGACGCAUUAAGCUCCCAGGCCAUUUAAUGUUUUAAUGAGGUGAGGUGUAAAGAGGUGUCAUCAUUUUUCUGUAAUCACGGGCUCACUCAAUCACUGUUUGAGGGUGUUCCUGCAUUGGCCUGUGUUAGUGCAACAUCCUGCAUCGCCCCUUAAACAAGAUGCUCUCCUCACUCAGACAGGCUUAAUGUGAGUGUCUUCCAGCAGAGAUAUUUUGACGUGGUGUGGACUAAAGCAUUUAAACUCUUGUCAUGAUUCAUGCUUUAUUUAGUUACAAAGUGGGUGUCUUACAUUCCUGUCAGGUGUGUGAGUAAGAGAGAAGGGUGCGCGCCACCAUGAGGAAGUUGCGUGCGUAAAGCAAAAAAAAAAAAAAAAAAAAAAAAAAGAACCUACCAGUUCAUGUCAUUUAGUCAGGAAGCGAGAAAAGGCAAUGCGGAAGAUGUUUAAACUUGCUCAGGCGCGCGUGAUAGUACAUACGUUUGUACGCGCGCGCGUGUGUGUCAGUGUGUGCGUGUGUGCAUGUGUACAUGCAGCCUAUGGUGAACCGCGUAGAAUCGCGAGCCACGCCGCCGCCAGAGGGGUUCCCCAUAUCAACAGCGCACGAAGCGCAAAGACCGUCUGAGGCUUUCUGGCUGAGAAAACCUCGGACUGCGCACGGCCAGGGCGAGCUGCGGCACCCUGACUGGACUGAACCGCAGAUUUGUAGACGGACUGCGCUUGAACUUUUGAAAACGAGAUGAUCAGAUUGGACAGAGCGAGGAUCAAGUGAGUUAAGAUUUGCGCUUCUCGUUGUGCGCUCUCGCCUAAACCCGAUGCCCAAAGAGAGCAGGAGAAAGACCUCCAAGGAGGCCGGGCUUUCUGGGACUGGGAUAAACGAGGGGUGUCGUUCAGAGCGCAAAGCAGUCGCGAAGUCCUCCCAGAUCUGCGAUGAACUCCUGCAGAAAGCAGCUCAAGUCGCCCCUACGUCCGCAAACGGGGCGCCGACUGUGAUGGAGGCGCGCCGGGUACCGCAGGUCACCAUCACCCCGGAGGGAGGCGGCUGCUCCCGGGAGGUGCAGCAGGAGGACUGGGAUGAUGUGGUUGACGUUGGCCUGCGAAGGAAACUGUCCAACUCCUCCAUCUCCUCAACGGGGUCCUCCUUGGUGGAGUCCGAGGAUGACAUACUGCUCAGCGACAACGAGAGCAAGAGCAAAGGCAUUAUCACGUUAGAGCACCUGGUGGACGCCGGGGAAAGCAAGCCCUGGUGGAAGUUGAAGACCAUCGUCCACUGGCCCUUCGCUGCCUCCCAGAGGAGAAGACUGAACUGGGUCCAACUCGCCGGACAUAAAGGGAACUUCAAAGCGGCAGAUGAGGGCAACAUUUUGAAGAAGUUCUCAGAAAACGAGAGGCAGUGUUUCGAGAGGCUGAGAGGAGACUCGCUGCUGCCGUAUGUGCCAGGUUACCAUGGCGUCGUGGAAACAGACGGAGAGUCUUUCCUUCAUAUGACUGACCUGCUGGCGACCUUUGACCUUCCCAAUGUCAUGGACUGCAAGAUGGGAGUGAGGACGUACUUAGAGGAGGAGCUGGUCCGUGCACGGGAACGUCCCAAGCUGAGGAAGGACCUGUACGAGAAGAUGGUGGAGGUGGACGGCAACGGGCCGACUUCGCAGGAACAUGUGCAGAGGGCCGUCACCAAGCCCCGCUACAUGCAGUGGAGGGAGACCAUGAGCUCCACCCACACUCUGGGAUUCAGGAUAGAGGGAAUCAAGAAAUCUGAUGGCACCUGUCGCACGGACUUCAAGAAAACCCGGUCGAAGGAGGAUGUCAUCCAGGUGUUCAAGGAUUUCGUCGGAGGGAAUGUCAACAUCAUAACGGCCUACUUGAGCAGAUUGACAGAGAUCAAACAUGCGCUGAAGGUGUCCGAGUUUUUCAAGAGACACGAGGUCAUUGGCAGCUCUCUCCUCUUUAUCCAUGACCACACAGGGCAGGCUCAGGUCUGGCUCAUUGACUUUGGCAAGACCACAGCGUUACCAGAGGGCCAGACGUUGGACCAUAGCAUUCCCUGGCAGGAGGGCAACCGGGAGGACGGCUACCUGUGGGGGCUGGACAACCUCAUCCACACACUGGAGUGUGUGAGCUGUGGAGGAGCGGAGGAAGCAACCUGUGUCCCAGUGACCACAGAGAAUUGCAUAACUACAGAGACUGAUGGUCAAUGACUGUUGACUCGUAGACGUGUUAAAGGAACUCAAACUAUUUUGAAGGACACGAGAAAGACCCUAAACAAGAUCUAGUUAAGGUUGAGGUGUUUUAUGAGCUUGGUGAGCAGUGAUAAAACAAGUGAAACAAUGCAGGAAGAAGGAAGCAAUGAUCAUUCAAAACUGAAAAAAAUUGAAAAACCUCAGAGAAAACGUUUUCUUCUUAUGACACUGACAGAAAUCAGUGACGGACACUGAAUAGAGGGAGCCAAUGAAUUUGUCAUUGAAUAAACGAGCAAAACGAACUGACACUAAUUCCAUCUUAAAUGAAAUGAAGAGGAAAGUGAUGGUAUAUGGGAAGGAAAUGCUCAUAAAUCAGUGAUAAAAGAGCAGAAGUGAGCAAUCAGGGUUACAAUCUCAGUUCAUUUUUCUUGAUUUGUUGUCACCCUUGCACAGUUGAAUGUCACGCCUUUUUUUUAACAUCAGAGAAGAAAAUCUGUUCAGUGUGACAAUUUUGACUGUCACAAUCCUGUGGAAAAUAUUGGACUCCAGUACAAUAUCAAUACAACCCUGAAUGCAGUGAUCAGAUUGCAUUGUCGUUGUCACUGUUCAAGAGUGCAACACUCAUUGUAUUUCAUUGUAUAUCAAUGUGUAUUUUAAUCGCUGAUUGACAUUUUAGUCCUUUAAUCAAACUUCUAAUUAUACUUAUUUUUUGUUCUCUGUUUCAAGCUUGGUUGGUCAUAGAUGGACAUUUUUUAUUAGAAAUAAUCCCUUGAGAUGUACAAUCUCAUUUUCAAGGGGUUCCUCAAUGACAAUAACAGUAUAUGCAUAAUUAGACAAAACAUUUAACAAACAACAAAAAUAACAAUAUAAUUAAACAACACCAUGGGACAAAAAAGGAAAAGAAAACAAAAACUAUCAAAAAACAAUUACAAAAGGAAAUAUAAAACAACAAAUAUCAAAUAAGACACGUACAGAGUGAGAUCGUACUCCAAGCAGAGCAUGAAAAAUGGAUCAUUUAUUCAUAGAUAAUAGAAAAGUAUUAAUGUCAAAGAUAGCAUCAAAUAAUAAAGUUAUAUAAACAUGUAUCGAGGUGUUUUGGAUGAGCAUCAGAUGCUGCACUAUAUGCUGUAUCAUACUUUUUUCUGGGCGUCAUUCCUUCAGAUACGACAUUCCAAAAGUGCCAUGUAUGUGAAAUGGAUGGAAGGCAUUUGGAAUUACAGGGAAUUUUUUUUUUUUUUUUUUAGCAAAACACUAUUGCACUAUCUUACUAUACUGUAUUACCAAGGGCUGGGGUGUUCACUGGG